AUGGAUAAAAAACAAAAGUGCGAAUUAAUUACAAACAUAUUUCAAUGCAUUGUAGAGGCUAUGCAAUUGGACUCCGAGGACAGCGAUAAAGAGGAAAUACUUUUAGGAUUGGCCACAUUGGGCGAGAAAGCUUCAUCGUUGCCUAUCAAGAGAGCCAAGCGGCAAUGGAUAGAGGAAUGGAGGAAAAAUAAGUGCGAUCGCGGCUCGUUCGCCUUUUUACACAAAGAAUUGCUGGUACACGAUGAGCAAAGCUACAGGAACUUCCUACGAAUAUCAAAAUCUCAAUUUGAUUAUUUGCUGUCGCUAAUAACGAAUGAAAUACAACGCUCUGAUUCGACUAUGAGAGGCGCGAUACCCGCAGCAGAAAAAUUGGCAUUGACGCUGCGAUUUCUCAGCACUGGAGAGUCUUACUUUCCGAACAGCAAUUCAGAAUGGGAGGCCAUUGCAAAAGAAUUUGCAGUUAAAUGGCAAUUCUCCAACUGCAUUGGCGCGUUAGAUGGUAAGCAUAUAACUUUUCGUCCAUCACGCACUGAAGGAGCUUUCUAUUACAAUUAUAAAGGGACUAGAAGUAUAAUUUUACUAGCCCUGGUGGAUGCUAAUUCCAAAUUUAUUUUCGUGGACGUUGGUUGUAACGGUCGCAGUAACGAUGCUGGAGUAUUUCUGCAAAGCAAAUUAAGGGCUGUUCUGCAAGAAGAGAAGGAAAUACCAAACGCUGCUUCAAUAGGAAACGAUCGACGCCUACCGUACGUCGUAGUCGGAGACGAUGCAUUUCCUCUGCAGAUGCAUUUAAUGAAGCCAUAUCCCUACCACACGCAAUGUCAGGAAAAACAAGUUUUUAAUCAAAGAUUCUCUCGUGCAAGGUAUGUGGUGGAACAUGCAUUUGGAAUUUUAUCCAAUAGAUUUCGCGUCUUUCUAGCUCCGAUAAAUCUGAAAGUGGCCACUGUAGAGAAAAUUGUAUUGACGUGUUGUGCUUUACACAAUUAUUUAAUCGAAAAUGGCGAAAUGUUCACUGAUGACAGAGUAAACGCAGAAACUGUAAAUAAUAACCACUCAACUGAUUCCGAUGUAUUCUACAAUCCGCGAAAAGGUGCAGCAGAGAACGUACGUGAACAGUUUCUCAAAUAUUUCAAUGAAGAAGGCAAACUGGAUUGGUUACAUAACAAAUAA